AUGAAUACUAACAAAUUAGUUCAAAGUGUUCUUUCAACAGUGCUUGUGACGUCAGUAGUAUUAAACAUGACUGCUUGUUAUGUAAUUUUAGUUAAAGUGAAGAGAAAAGAGAUAACGCAUUUAUUUGUUGUCAGCAUUUCUAUGACGAAUUUAUUAGAAACGAUGAUUGGAUUAACACCUCAAAUACUGAUUGCCGAUCAGUCUUUAUUAGAAAAAACUCCGUUAUGUAUUGCAAGUGGUUUUAUUGUUUUGGGUUUUGCUAUAACCAAUAUAUCUCAUUUGGCAAUGCUUUCUUUUAUCAGAACUUUUGCUAUAAAAUACCCAAUGCGUUAUUUACAACUCCAUAAAAUGUUCUGGUGCAAAGUAGCAUCAAUUUUAGUAUGUUAUGCAAAUGGGUUUUUUUGGGCAAUUCUUCCUUUACUUGGGUGGUCAAAAUAUGAACUAGAUCUUGAUAAGAAACGUUGUUCGUUAGAUUGGAGUUUGACAAAAGCAAAUUCUUUUUCUUAUAUUUUGACUAUUUUUAUUUUUUGCAAUAUUUUACCCGGAAUAAUUAUUGUUUUAACAUUAUACUUUAGCAAAAAAACAGUUUUCCGCCGAAAAACAUGCAAAGAUUGUCAAAAUAGAGAAACUGAUAUUUUAGAAAAAGAAUACUUAAGAGUUUGCUUUUUAUCAGCAACGGCAUACUUUUUAUUUUGGACAACAUACGCAAUAGUUAGCGUUUUAACGUUGUUGAAAGUUUUUGUUCCUGUCGAGUUAACAACAACAACAGCAUUGGUUGCAAAGCUCUCUACCAUUUCUAAUGUUCUCAUUAAUUGUUACGUUAUUAAAUCUUUUCGAAAACAGUUGUUAAGCUUAAUGCUAAUUCGGUUUAUAAAUAAGUAUCUUUGGGUUUUAAUAGCUUGUAAAAAAUCUUCAGUUAAUGAUGAUAUCAAUUAAAUAAUCCUUAUGCAUGUUUGAGACGAAAGAAAAAACAGUAACGAACUCUGAAACAAACAAUAAUUUAUCUCUCAUGCAAAAAAAGCCCUAUCUGAACUAAUCAAACAAUACAAACCAAAACGCCAAACCAAACGACCUUAUCUACUCAAACUAUACAAACCAAUAAAAACAAUUAAAUUAUUCAAAACACUCAAACCAAACAAUGGC